GAACGACAAUAAUACAUAAACUACACAAGGAAUAAGCAAAACGACUACAACGCCGCCGUGCCCGCCAUUUACCGCCAAAACCUGAAAUUUGAAUAGAGAAGAGAACGCAGAGACGAAGACGCACGAAUGUUCAAGCUUCACUAUGGACGACGAAGACGAAAUUCUCUCUGAUUCAGAUUCUUCCUAUUCCGAUUCUGGCGAGGACUUCUCUGCUGGCACCGACGAAGAAGAUGAAGAAAACGUCGAUGAUGUUUCUGAGAAUAAUCAGCCACCAACCAAGGCUCAACAACCACCGUCCGAUGAAGAUAGGAAAUCGAAGAACGUCGAUGCUCUUCUCAGAGGUAACCUUAUCGUGACAAGACAAUCACUGCUUCCGCGAGUUCUAUCGGUGACUGAAGGAUCAGCAGUUUGCAGGAAGCCUUUUAAGCCACCAUGCUCUAAUGGCUACUCUGGUCAAAAUGAUCAGCUAUCCCGGCGUCUCUGCGCUCGCAAACGAUUUGUUCCCUGGGGAUCUUCAACUCCAGUAUUAGUGCCAAUUACCAAUCUUCUAAAUACACCUGAACCUGUUUUGAAACAUGAAGUGGAGGAGGAGAUUGUAACUCUGCCCCCAGGGAUUGAUCCUCUGGUCUUGUGGCAGUCUGAUGAAUUAGCUACUGACAUGAAGCAAAUAGUAGUGGAUCCAUUGCUUGUUCGUUUCCUACGACCGCAUCAAAGAGAGGGCGUUCAGUUUAUGUUUGAAUGUGUCUCAGGGCUAUGUAGCUCUUCAAACAUAUUUGGAUGCAUUCUGGCAGAUGAUAUGGGUUUGGGAAAGACAUUGCAGUCAAUCACAUUACUUUAUACUCUUCUUUAUCAAGGGUUUGAUGAGAAACCAAUGGUUAAAAAAGCAAUUAUAGUCACUCCAACUAGUCUUGUAAGCAAUUGGGAAGCUGAGAUAAAGAAGUGGGUUGGAGAAAGGGUUCAUCUCAUUGCUCUAUGUGAAAGUACCAGAGAUGAUGUCAUUUCUGGUAUUGACAGGUUCACAAGUCCUCGCAGUUCUCUACAGGUCCUUAUUGUUUCGUACGAGACAUUCCGGAUGCAUUCAUCGAAAUUUAGCCACAGUGAAUCUUGUGACCUUUUGAUUUGUGAUGAGGCUCACAGGUUAAAGAAUGAUCAAACCAUAACGAAUCGGGCAUUGGCCGGUCUUUCAUGCAAACGUCGUAUUUUGCUGUCUGGAACUCCAAUGCAGAAUGACCUGGAAGAGUUCUAUGCAAUGGUUAAUUUUACUAAUCCGGGAAUUUUGGGUGAUGCUACUCAUUUCCGCCGAUACUAUGAGGCUCCCAUUAUAUGUGGACGAGAACCUAAUGCUACUGAAGAGGAAAGGAAGUUGGGUGGUGAGCGCUCUGGAGAAUUAAGUGCAAAAGUUAAUCAGUUUAUAUUACGAAGGACAAAUGCACUAUUAUCAAACCAUCUGCCACCAAAGAUUAUCGAAGUUGUUUGUUGCAAGUUGACUCCUCUCCAGUCAGAUUUGUAUAACCAUUUUAUACAUUCCAAAAAUGUUAAACGGGCAAUUUCCGAAGAUGUAAAGCAAGCAAAGAUUUUAGCCUACAUAACAGCACUCAAGAAGCUUUGCAAUCACCCUAAGCUCAUCUAUGAUACUGUUAAAAGUGGGGGUUCAGGAACUUCAGGUUUUGAGGACUGUAUGCGUUUUUUCCCUCCUGAGAUGUUUUCUGGAAGAUCUGGGUCAUGGACUGGUGGGGAUGGGGCUUGGGUCGAACUGUCUGGAAAAAUGCAUGUCUUAGCAAGGUUACUGGGUCACUUGCGUCAAAAAACAGAUGAUCGGAUUGUCCUUGUUUCAAACUAUACUCAGACACUAGACCUUUUUGCUCAAUUGUGUCGCGAAAGAAGAUAUCCGUAUUUGAGACUUGAUGGAACCACAUCCAUCAGCAAAAGACAAAAGCUAGUAAAUCAUUUUAAUGACCCAUCAAAGGAUGAAUUUGUGUUUCUCUUAAGCAGUAAAGCUGGUGGUUGUGGUCUCAAUUUGAUCGGUGGAAAUCGACUUGUUUUGUUUGAUCCUGAUUGGAAUCCUGCCAAUGACAAACAAGCUGCUGCUAGAGUCUGGAGAGAUGGACAAAAGAAGAGAGUGUAUAUUUACAGAUUUUUGACCACAGGCACAAUUGAAGAAAAGGUAUAUCUGCGUCAGAUGUCAAAAGAAGGGCUCCAAAAAGUUAUCCAAAAGGAGCAAACUGAUAGCCUUACAACACAGGGGAAUUCGCUUUCCAUAGAAGAUCUGCGUGAUCUGUUCAGCUUCCAUGAAAAUGUGAGGUCUGAAAUUCAUGAAAAAAUGAACUGCAUCCGUUGCCAAAGUGAUGAUAAUAUGCCUGAAACAGAGAACAAAUCCAUGAACAGAAGCUGUGAGUCAGAUCAAGACACCUCUGAUAUUGGAGGAUUUGCAGAAAUUGCUGGAUGCUUAGACAAGUUAAAGAGCUCAGAGAAACAGGUAGGGACACCUCUGGAGGAAGACUUGGGUAGUUGGGGGCAUCAUUUUUACCCAACAACAGUACCCGAUGCUAUUUUCCAAGCUUCAGCUGGCGAUGAGGUGUCAUUUGUUUUUACGAACCAAAUUGAUGGCAAACUUGUACCUAUUGAGUCAAUGGUACGUCCAAAUAUGCAAGGAUCUGAAGGAAAUGAGAAUUGUCCCAACAAAUUAAAUCAAAAUCUGAACCAGAAAACUAUGGUGUUGCCUCAACGUAGGAAACUCGCGGAAUCUGUCGUUUCCAAUCAAAAUUUUAAAAGAAGCACAUUAUCUUCCUUCUACAGGCCUAUGCCAAAGGUAACUGUGGAAUGUGUAACACGUACUUUAAGUCCUAUAGAACACCCAGUAGUAAGGCCUCAUGAAACAUUGUCUCCUCAUACUUUGCAACAUGACGACGACUUCGCCUAAAUUUUCCAGUUGCUCUUCUAGUUUUGUUAAUUUUUUUGCUUUAUUACUUUGAUUUGCUUUGCCUGUAUUCUGAUAUCUAUGAGAGAAAGAAUAGUAUAGCAGUUUACAUACGCACAACACAAUGUAUACGUAACAUAUAAAAUAAAUAUACAUAAAAGGUAUUAUUGAAUAAUGAAUA